UGCGGUGCGGUAUCUCCAGGAAUGACAUUCAAGCCAAAGACUCGCGGUUGGCUGGAUAAGCUGUACUUGGUAUACUUCAUCCAGCACAUUCCGCCGACGCUGCUCAUCGACCUGUCACCUCUGUACCCUGAUGCACUUACUCCUCCAUGGAUGAAAGAUCUGAGGAGUUGGUACGUCACUACAUACAAGGACCCUUUGAUUGGAUCGCAGUCCUACCCGGGAGGCUGGUUUACAGCUUUCCUUGCAUACGAGGCACUCUUUCAGCUUCCCUUCUUCUUCUACGCUGCUUUCGAACUAUGGAAAGGUGCCAAGGAUGUCUACCUUCCGUUACUAAUUUAUGGUAUCCACGUUACCACUACGACAUCAGCUUGCCUGGGUGAAUUGCUGUCCUUCAAGGAUCACAUAUUAGCCAUGCCCGAGAAAGCGACGCUACUAGCGUUCUAUCUACCAUACAUUCUGAUCCCUAUUCUUAUGUCGUGGGACAUGUGGGGUAGGAUAAAAGAGGGCUUGCGUGGUGCCAGCAAUAGCAGGAAAAAACACGCUUAGAGCAAUGCUUUGAAUAGAUCCGAAUUCCGAAGCUGAAAAGCUCAAUAUAGUGAAAAUCUGCAUGCCCGUGCGGCAAUAUAUGCG